GCUGCAUUAUUUCGACACGGACAGACUGCAAGCACGCACCUCUCUAUUUCAAGAAAUUGAAAAAAAAAACAAUAAAACACACUCACUAUUCCAACACCUUGGACACCAUCAUACGCUUCUGAUGGAUAACAAACGCGAACAAGAAGUACAAGGAGAGAAGAGUGAGGCUGAAGGAUACCCUGUGCAGGAAAUUGGCAUUGAGAGACCCAAGCCCUGGUCCGGCCCGUCACACAGCUGUCCUGAACCAGCCGUUGCCUUGGCAACUGAUGAAGAAGAGCUGACCAAGGCUGAUAUUCAGGAUGAAGAUCUCACCGUUGUGGGGACAACCAAGGAAACGGAGGAGGUAGAGGCAGCAGAGACGGAGGCUGAAGCUGAGGAGGAAAAGGGUGAAGCUGAGGAGGAGGAGGAGGAGGCUGAAGCUGAGGAGACGGAGGGUGAAGAAGUGGAAUCGGGGGUCCAGGAAGCUCCGGAAAACUCCCAGUCAGAGCCUGGGUCACAGCCUUCGCCUCUAGAGGGUACGGAGGUCCUGCAAACGGAAGUUAUGCUCCCUGCCACCCCCACAGACGGGACUGCGGGGCAGGAGAAGGUGUCCUCCAGGAAGAGGCAGAAUGCAAAACCUGGAGAUCCUGCAAACACCCAACGCACUCCGCCCUCGUUUCGCCUGCAGGACUUCAGCUUCAAAAUAGCAACAAGAUAUUACAUCGCCUUCCUGUUCCUGUUAUUGGUAUCUCCUGUUAACUCCAAUCUGAUCCCUGCAAGGACGACCUCCACCAGUGCCCACCCUCACACACAUGGUUACAUUGGCUCAGGAGGGAAGUGUGUACUCUGCCGGGACCCACAAUGUGCAGCACACCGCCUCAAAAUAUGCAUAGAUGAUAACUGCACUUGGCUGGACAGAACGUUGGGAAUCAAAAACUGCAGCAAGGACAACCUGAAGCCAGAUGAGCCGUGUCAGCUGACGGACGGAAGCCUUGUGGUGCAGUCUGACCAGCUCAUUACCUUUGAAGGCAUGAAGGCUAUCCCCUCCGAGAUUGUAUUCUGCACUGACCUGCCUCUCGAACCCAAGUCUCUCCCCGGCCAAUCGAUGAACACUACCGCCAACACCACGACCCCAGACACCGGGCCUCAUCGUGCUGCAAUUUGGUGGAGUGUAGGAGGUGUUGACAUCCGUGUCGUUAGCGGUGUCCUUAUCGUUAUCAUUAUCGUUGUCGCUGCCGGUAUCGUAUGGAAGUAUGGAAAAAGGUUCAAAAGGUGUUGCCGAAGACGGGACGGGACGGGACCUCAGAACACUGCGCCUCCUGAUGGGAACGCCGGGAACGAGAACGAGAAGAUUCCUCUUCAAAGUCAUGCGAAUGGAAAUGUCACCCAGGGGCCUGGAAAGGAUGGGGAAUCGGCCGUGUGACACCAGGGUCAGGGACCAUCGGUGUCAUGUUUGAUAAGAAUUGUGCCUUUUAUUUAUGUUUGACGCCCCUGAGUGGUCUCAGGGGUCACUGUUUCCUUUGUUUUCUUAAGUUUCAUUUCUCAUGUGAGCCCCCGUACAUGCGGUCAUGUUUUAGCUCCACAAUAUACUUAUCCUAUUAUUAGUUGCUUAUGCUGGAGUGAUCCAGAUCAUACAUAAUUGUUAAAGUACCAUAACUUGCUUUGUGCUAUAAUAUUAUUUUCUGUAACUGUGUGAGUGGAGAUGUCUCUCCCUGUCUGUACCAUGGGCCUCCAAGGCCACGGCCAUUAACUGUGUGUUCUGGACUAUCUUGUCUUGGUGCCUGAGAACGUGCAGAACCCAAAAAAUAAGACCUCAUGACGGAAGCUAGCAUGGGGAUUAUCUUCCUGGAAAUAGGGAGUUUAAAACAAGAUAAGAUAGAUUUCUCAGACGCGCAGUUAAUUGCACAGGCCCCUGCGUAUACAUCAUGCUGGAAUGUUUUGAGAACAUGUAUCUGCAUAGACAGUAACUUGAAGGGGGGAGAUAUGAAUAAACAAUCUGUAGUAAGGAGAAGAGUG